UAAGCAGAGCUGCCAUACUGACCGAAUAAUCCUGUGUGAAAGUAAAAGCGGAAUUAAUUAAUUUAACUGUAUUAGAUUAAGAAACCAACGUUUGUGGGAUGUCCAAGUUGAGGUCUGGUGCACAUCAGGCGCCAUCCUGCGGUGCUGGAUUUGAUGAGGCGGAGGCGGUCAAGCUGUGGAUCCACUGCAGCAGGUGCUACGAACUGUUUGCUGAGAAGAAGUUCAACUUCUUCAUGCUCGCCUGUCACCACGUUUUCUGCGAAAAGUGCAUCAAGGUGGCGGCCGGACGCACGCCCACCGACGCCCCCAUCUACGAGUGCUCCACCUGCAAGCAGAGUGUCCGCGGCCGCCAGGUGACCAACACGAUGCCCAAGCACUUCAAGGACUUCUUCCACCCGGAGCCCUGCACCCUGGCCAACGACCUUGUCGAGAAGUUCCAGCGGCGCAACCACCGGCACUUCGACAGGUUCAAGGAGAGAAAGGAAGUCGAGAUGAACAAGUUGAACAAGGACAUCGAGUUGGCCAGGACCUUGUGCCAAAAGCGCUUGCAGGAGAUGCAGAUGCUGCGCGUGGAGCGCAAGAAACUUUCGCAGCGGAUGCGGCAUAUAAAACUAGAAAAUCAAAAGGCGGAAAUGCUAAGAAUUGCCCAGGCCAAUCUGAACCGUUCAUUGGAGACGACGAAGUCAUCAUCACCUGCACCGGACUUAAUUCGUGGACGCAUUCGAGGUCGUGGAGCCUCUCAGGCGCCAAGUCGACGAAGUUCUAGGGACUCGAAUCGCAGUUCUCAAGCUAAGCGAAGGCAGGUCACCGGCUUUAGGCAUCAGCCAAACCACUCUUUCAAUCUUUAAACUAAUAUUUAAAUAAGAAAAACUGUUACCCUUACUUACAAUAUCGAUAAGUAAAUUAGCUUGAAACUCAUGUAAAUAGCUUGAGACUAAGAAAGUAGGAUAUUCUGAUAAUGUACAAUUCGUUACGUUUUUGUUUGUGAUCAAAGGUACAUUAACCAUUACUUACACAAUAUCAAUAAGA